CACCCCAAAACACUCUAUAAAUAAACACUCUACUCUAUAAACCAAUACACACCACCACCACAACCAACACACACAUCUACAUAUAGAGAGAAAAUUAACAUAUAUAUAUAUAUAGAUAAGAGAUAGAGAUAGACACAUAAAAGAGAUAUAUACAUAUACACAUAACAAUGGUGGUGGUGGAGGUGAUCAAGUCGGAGCUCGUCGCGCCGAGCGAGGCGACGCCGAAGGACCCGAUAUGGUCCUCGAACCUCGACCUCGCGGCACGGCGGGGGUACACCCCGACCGUCUACUUCUACCGCCCUAACGGGGACUCAGACUUCUUCUCUGAGGAUGUUCUUAAGACGGCUUUGGCAAAAGCCCUAGUCAGGUUCUACCCCGUUGACGGGCGCGUCGAGAUCAGCUGCACCGCCGAGGGCGCGCUCUUCGUCGUCGCGCGGGCGGACGCGGCGCUCGACGAUUUCAACGACUUCGCGCCGUCGACGGCGAUGCGCGAUCUCUUCGUGCCGCCGGCCUGCUCCCCCGAUCCGCCGUGCAUUCUCCUCAUGCUGCAGGUGACGUACCUCAAGUGUGGCGGCGUGGUGCUGGGCACGGCGAUGCACCACACCGUCAUCGACGCGCGCAGCGCCUUCCACUUCAUCUCCACCUGGUCCGCCAUCGCGCGCGGCGGCGGCGGCGGCGCCGACCUCCCCCCGCCCCCCUUCCUCGACCACACCCUCCUCCGCGCCCGCUCCCCCCCCGUCGUCCUCUUCGACCACCCCGAGUACAAGCCCACCCCUAACCCUAACCCUAACCCCAACCCUAAUCCUAAUUCGAGCCCCAACCCCAACCGGUCGUCGACCCCCGCGCCCUACGCCAGCGCCAUCCUCAGGCUCUCCCAGGCCCAGGUCGACGCCCUCAAGGCGCGCUGCUGCGGCGGCGGCGGCGGCGGCGGCGCGCGGGUGUCGGCGUUCCGCGCGAUCGUGGCGCACGUGUGGCGGUGCGUGUGCGCCGCGCGCGGGCUCGCGCGCGGCGCCGAGACGCGGCUCUACACGAUGGUCGACGUGCGCGCGCGCCUCGCCCCGCCGCUCCCCCCCAACUACUUCGGCAACGCCGUCCUCCGCACCUCCGUCGCCGCCGCCGCCGGCGAGCUCGCCGACGCCCCGCUAGGCUCCGUCGCCCGCCGCCUCCGCGCCGCCACGAGCCCCGGCGACGACUACGCGCGCUCCCUCGUCGACUACCUGGACGCCGUCGACAUGGAUCGGCUCCCCCGAAGUGGGUUACCGGGAAACGACUUACGCGUCAUCAGCUGGAUGGGCAUGUCCAUUUACGACGCCGACUUCGGCUGGGGCGAGCCCGUUUUCAUGGGCCCCGCGCUCAUGUACUACGCCGGCUUCGUGUACUUGAUGAGCAGCCCCGGUAAAGUCGGCGGCGUAUCCGUCGCCGUCUCCUUGGAGCCCGACACGUUGCCGACUUUCAAGAAGCUGCUCUUCCAGGAGCUCGGAGGGGUACAAGGGUAAAUUCAUAAAGCCAAUUAUUAAUAUAUAUAUAUAUUUAUAUUUAUAUAUAUAUAUAUCCCCUAAAACUGGAAUUGCAUUUCCAUUUCCUUUUUUUACUUUUUAUUUUUUUUUUUACUUGGGUUUUUGUUUUUGUUACUCGAGUAAAGAGUCGUUCUCGAUGACGACGGACCAUCUGAAUCGAUGAUCGGCGCCGCUAAAUAUAAUCUGCCAUAGCAGGUUAAUUUAUUACGUUGAUAAUACAGAUCGUAUAAUAUUUAAUUUGUGUGUUUCGUAUUAA